AUGUAUGACACGGAUGAAUAUUUUCUUGAUGAAAUUGAAUCAAUUCUUGCAUUGUAUUGGGAGGAAUUAACAGAUGAAGAUAUAUCUCAUAUAUUAAUUGAAUCAUUUCAAAUAUUUGAUGAUGAACAACAAGGUUUUAUUGAUAAGCAAUAUCUAAUAAAAAAUCUAACAACCUUAGGUGAUAUGCCAUUGAAUAUAAAAGAUUUACAAAUAAUGUGUUCAAUGAUUGAUCAAUCAAAUAUAUUCGAUUAUCAAAAAUUUGUUAAGAAACUUUGUGGUUUAGAUAAUACAAAAAAGAAAAAAAUUAAAAAGAAAAAGAAAAAGAAACGAUCAAAAAUGAAUUCAUGA